CCAUUUUGGGGCCAGUAAGACCCAGCGCGGCCCGAGCCACACGCGCCGCCACCGCCCAGCCGGCACCAUGAGCGAGGCGGCGGAGACCAGCGCUGCCAGCACGGCCGCCGCCACCACCACCAGCACCGCCGCCCCGGCCGCCGCCAGCACCACCACCAGCACCGCCACCACCACCACUGCCGCCGCCACUGCCGCGCCCGCCGCCCCGGACGGCGGUGCCAAGAGCCCCGGCAGCGCCGCCGCGCCGGGCGCGGCUGUGGGCGAGGCGGCCCCCGGCGCUGCCGCCACCGCCACAACGGCCGCGGCCGAGACGGAGAAGAAAGUGCUGGCCACCAAAGUUCUUGGCACAGUCAAGUGGUUCAAUGUCAGAAAUGGAUAUGGCUUUAUCAACAGAAAUGAUACCAAAGAAGAUGUGUUUGUUCAUCAGACGGCGAUAAAGAAAAACAACCCUCGGAAGUACCUGCGCAGUGUUGGUGAUGGAGAGACUGUGGAAUUUGAUGUGGUCGAGGGAGAAAAGGGUGCAGAGGCAGCCAAUGUCACCGGUCCGGACGGGGUCCCCGUGGAAGGCAGCCGCUACGCCGCCGACCGGCGCCGCUACCGACGGGGAUACUUCGGCCGACGCCGCGGGCCACCCCGGAGUCAGGGUGCUGAGGGAGAAAUCAAGGACGGGGUCACAGAAGGAGGACAACUUCAGCAAGUGCACAGGAAUCCUACCACCUACCGGCCCCGCUACCGCAGAGGGCCCCCUCGCCCACGCCCUGCCCCAGCCAGCGGGGAGGCCGAGAACAAGGAGAACCACCACGAGGCCAACGCCAUGGGCCAGCAGCCUCUUCGCCGCGGCUACCGCCGGCCCUACAACUACCGGCGCCGGCCCCGUCCCGCCAGCGCCCCCCCUCAGGAGGGCAAAGAGACAAAGGUAGCUGAAACACCUGCUGAAACUCCUGCUCCAGUGACAGAGCAGAGUGGUGCUGAGUAAUGCCCGGCUCCCCAGGCACCUUCACCACCCCUCAGGUGUCCUAAAAUACAGCUCAAAAGUAACACCAAAGAAACUCACAAGCAAUAAAUUGUCAACAGUGAUGACGAGAGCAAAGAUUUGACCUACGGAAAUGCAAAAGAAAACAAACAUUUACCAGCAGCUGAGAUCCAGGGAACGCCUACGAGAGAGAUGCAUGAGAGAAAAAAGAGAGCGAGGUUCAGAAAGAACAACCUCCCUAGUUUUCAACAGCAACUGUGGAGCUUUUGUUUUUUGGUUUUUAUUUUUUUUUCCUAGAAUUUCACUGUUUUGCUAGUAAGGAAUUUUUCAAUUUUUCAAUUUUUUCUUUUGGUAUCAAACUAAAAAGGGAAAAAAAAGCAACCAAAGAACUAAAAAUUGAAACAAAAAAUGCUUUUUUUUUUUUAUUGGAUGCUGGUGCUAAACCUCCCAAGUGUGAUGAGUUGUUUUUUUCUGUGCCAGUCCUGGUCACUGCAGGACGUGGGGAGGAGAAACUUCCGCUUUCCUUGUUAAGAUCUAUUUGAAACUGCAGCAUUGGGUGACGUUCCUCACAAAUAAAAGUGAUUUCAAUUACUCAAAGAA